AUGACCGAAAUUGCGAGCCUAAGGCAAAAGUUGAAUUCCUUAUUCACGAAGCUGAAAAGAAAUGAAGUUUUCUUAGCAAACUUCCAGCCUGAACAACAUAAGCAUCUCGUGCCUGUCCGGCUCCAAACGAUUGAAGGCAUGGAAAAGGAAUUUGAAACGGCUCAUACGCAAUUGUGUUUGUUAGCGCCCAGUGAAGCUGAGAAGCUAGAGGAAGAGGAAUUAAUGGAUAAUUUUGAGGAGAGGUUUAUAGCUAUGAAAAGCGCAAUGCUAUCACACAUGCCUAAUCAAACAGCUCAAACCGUUAGCUCUGAGCUUGGCUCGAGCCACGUUCAAACCCCAAGCCACUCUCCCAUCCAAAACCACGCUAAAUUACCAGCCAUCUCUUUACCCGAAUUUAACGGUGAUAUAAUGCACUGGAUGGCAUUUCAUGAUACCUUUGAAGCAUUAGUUCACAACAAUGCAAGUGUUUUGGAUAUACAAAAAUUCCAUUAUUUGAGAGCUUCAUUAACUGGUGAGGCCGCUAGAUUGAUAGAGUCGAUCCCGUUGUGUGCAACAAAUUACUCCAUCGCUUGGCAGGAGCUCAAGGAGCGAUUUUCAAAUGAAUAUCUUCUGCAAAAGAUGCACUUUAAGCAAAUGUUCGGCAUCCCACAAUUGCGAAAAGAAACGUCAACUGACUUGCAUAGAUUGGUAGACGAAUUUAAUCGGCAUGUAAAAAUGAUUCAAAAGCUAGGAGAGCCAACCGACCAAUGGAGCUCAAUGUUAGAAUAUGUUUUGUGCUCCAAACUACCAGCGGAAACUCUUACACAUUGGGAAGACAAGGCAGCUAGCAUGAAAAAGCCAACAUAUGAGGCGUUAAUAGAAUUUCUACAAAGAAGAAUGAAGACAUUAGACUCCGUUUCUAUGAGUAAAUCUGCGGAUGUAAGCUCUACAUCUGUGCCUGCCGUAAGACCCUCUUCGCAUCUUUCGUACUAUUCGUACACCGCAAAUAAUACAAAACGAUGUCCUUGCUGUCGACUAGAUCAUUUAUUAUGGUACUGUAACCAAUUUAUGCGACUUCCGCAAUCUGAACGCCUUCAGAUAGUGCGAGCGAAGAAUCUCUGCAUUAAUUGUUUAAGAGUCGACCACAGCAUGAAAGAUUGUCCUUCGACCAAUCGGUGCAAACAUUGCAACCAGCAGCAUCAUUCUUUAUUGCACUCCUUUGAUUUUUUACGCCGGCAGCAAUCCCACGACCGAACACUACAUACCAGCCCUCCGGUAGCACCCAGCGCUUCAUUUAACAGCAGAGCAGCAUUGGAAAACGAAAACCGAGCAGCCCCAAUGGACCAACGAGAGGUAUUCUUACUCACUACAAUUGUCAUUGUUGUGGAUGCGUUUGGAAAUCAGCAUCCAGCAAGAGCAUUAUUAGAUAGCGCAUCACAACCUAACCUAAUAAGCAAAAGAUUGGCAAAAUUAAUAGGUCUACCUACUUCCAGAUUGGACAUUGACGUUAAAGGUGCUGGUUGUUCUACGACGAGGGUGCGGGAGUCCGUGUAUGCUGAAAUUCGAUCUCGCACCAGCCAAUUCUCUUGUGGAGUAAAUUUCCUGCUAAUGGAUGAAGUAGCUGCAAAACUUCCUUCCCACCACAUUAAUAUAAGUCGCUGGAACAUUCCGCCUGGACUAUCCCUUGCGGACCCUCAUUUUAAUCAGGCCGAAUCAAUAGAUAUGAUAAUCGGAGCAGAGCAUUUCUACACCUUUUUUCCAACUGCGGAGCGUAUUUAUCUGGCAGAUAAAUUACCAAUACUGAUCAACAGCGUGUUUGGGUGGCUCGUAGUCGGUCCUGCAAGCGAGGAGGUCGUUAAUCCUCACUCAAACCCAACACGAGUAGCAAUGGUUUCGUUGGAAGAAAAAAUAGAGCAAUUUUGGAAGGCAGAAGAGUUACAUGCAUGCGAACCAUAUUCAAUAGAAGAGAAGCAUUGCGAAGAGCUAUAUAGAUCGAAGACUGGAAGAAAUAGUGACGGACGAUACGUGGUGCAGAUGCCUAAACAUCCAGAGUUCUCGAUACGCUUGGGCGAGUCAAAAGGCCAGGCGUUGCGCCGAUUUUACGCAUUAGAAAAGCGCCUAUCCCGAAAUUCGCAAUUGAAAAAGGAGUAUCAUGCUUUCAUGCAGGAAUAUAUAGAUCUCGGACACAUGCAACCUGUUAAUGGAACUGUGUCAAGCUCCAUGAAAACAUAUUAUCUGCCUCAUCACCCAGUCAUAAAGGAGAGCAGUUCCACUACCAAAGUGAGGGUAGUUUUUGACGGCUCCGCGAAAACAUCUACAGGCUACUCACUCAACGAAGCACUAUGUGUGGGACCUAUUGUGCAAGAUGAGCUGUUGGACAUUAUUUUGCGGUUUCGCACCUAUUUUGUGGCCUUAGUCGGAGAUAUCGAAAAAAUGUACCGUCAAAUCCUUUUGCAUGAAGAUGAUCGCGCAUUAGUGAGAAUAUUGUUUCGAUUCUCAUCAACAUCACCAGUAAAAGAGUAUGAACUGAAUACUGUCACAUACGGUUUGGCUCCUUCAUCUUUCCUAGCUACUCGCACAUUACUUCAAUUAGUGCAGGACGAAGGAAGCAAUUACCCUCUUGCCAGUCGUGCUAUUCGCAAUUUCUACGUAGAUGACUUCAUUGGCGGAGCAUCAUCUGUUGAGGAAGCUAUACAGCUCCGAUCUGAGCUAACUGGAAUGAUGCUAAAGGGCGGCUUUCCAUUACGAAAGUGGACCUCAAAUCGUUUGGAGGUUUUGCAAGAGCUCGAUGCUUCUCAAAUCGGAACCAAAUCAUCUCUGCAGUUUGAUACCGACGAAACUAUCAAAGCCCUAGGUGUCUGCUGGGAACCUGAGCGCGAUAAUUUAUGCUUUGCAUCAAGCAUCAAGCCACUACAGUUACCCUCUACUAAACGGAGCAUUUGUUCGGAGAUAGCUCGAUUAUUUGACCCGUUGGGUCUUAUCGCUCCUGUCGUAGUGCGAGCAAAAAUAAUGAUGCAGCAGCUUUGGGCGCUAUCGAUUGGCUGGGAUGAGACUGUACCAGAGUCAUUUGGGCUGAAAUGGAAAGAUUUUUAUGAGAAGUUGGAGAUUUUGGCUUGCUAUAGAAUCGAACGAUACUGUUUCGCCUUACGAUCGAAUGUGCAGCUGCACAUAUUUACUGAUGCUUCAGAGGCGGCAUAUGGCUCAUGCGUUUAUGCAAGGUGCGAGGAUGCCGAGGGGAAUAUUAAAAUAUCUUUGCUUGCGUCGAAAUCUAGAGUAGCUCCAUUGAAGCGUAUAAGCCUGCCUCGAUUAGAACUCUGCGGUGCCGUAUUAGGGGCUCAUCUUUACGAGCACAUUGCCAAAGCCAUUCAGCUUACUGUGCAGUCGGUACAUUUCUGGUCCGAUUCCAGUAUUACGCUACAUUGGAUCAAAGCGGCUCCAAAUACCUGGAAAACAUACGUGGCAAAUAGAGUAGCAAACAUUCAACAAUGUACGAAGGGCCACACGUGGAGGCAUGUACCUGGACAGCAGAACCCGGAUGAUCUCGUUUCGCGAGGCAUGACGGCACCCGAUUUUAUAAAAAGCACCAUUUGGCUCUCUGGGCCAGCUUGGCUGGCGCUACCCUCUACUGAAUGGCCUACAUCUGAACCUCUACUACCGACCGGCAUCGAAAAGGAAACGCGUUUGCUAGUUGCUGUUGCCAGCGCAUCGCCUGCAGUUAACCCUUGGUUCAAAAGGUGGUCAUCAUACUCCCAAUUACUGCACAUUAUUGCAUACUGCAAGCGAUUUAUAAAAAAUCUAAGGCUUAAGGCGAGAACGAAGCCUUCUUGUGACCCGGUAUCCAUCGUACUGACACCAGAGCAGAAUGAGGAGGCAAAGGCAUUUCUGGUCAAGACUGCUCAAGACGAUGCCUUCCGAAACGAAAUUUCAGCCCUUCGGAACGGCCAACCUAUAAAGAAAAACUCAUCGAUUAGAAAUCUCAACCCGUUUUUGGACAACCAAGGUGUGCUUAGAGUCGGAGGAAGGUUAAACUUAGCUGAUUUGCCGUUCCAGUCAAAGGAUCCUGCUCUCCUUCCAAAGGGGCAUCCGUUUACACGCAACAUAGUGGUUCACUAUCACUGGAAACUACUUCACGCUGGAGGGCGAAAUCUCAUCAGCAACAUAAGAGAGGAGUUUUGGCCUUUGGAUGCUCGACGAUUAGUUAGAAGCAUAACGCGGGAAUGUUUCCGGUGUUUUCGGUCGGAUCCUUUUAUCGCAUGCCAGCGAAUUGGACAGCUACCCGCAUCCAGAGUGACACCUAGCCGACCUUUCAGCAACGUGGGAAUCGACUACGCCAGCCCAUUUUAUUUAAAACCGGUACACAGAAGAGCGGCCGCCUGCAAGGCUUAUCUCUGCCUUUUUGUGUGUUUCGCUACAAAGGCGGUACAUCUCGAGCUGGUAUGUGACUUGUCUACAUCAGCCUUUUUAGCAGCGCUACGAAGAUUCAUUGCUCGCCGUGGUAAGCCGUGUCACAUUCACUCGGAUAACGGAAAAAACUUCGAAGGAGCUAGUAACGAAAUAACAGAAUUGGCAUCGCUCAUCGCUAGAAAGGAAGAAGAACAGCAAGUGAAUGAGUUCUGCACGUCCCAAGGGAUAUCAUGGCACUUUAAUCCCCCAAGGGCUCCUCAUUUCGGCGGACUGUGGGAAUCUGCGGUGAAGCGGUCAUGAAUUCGCGACCGUUGCUUCCUCUUUCAGAAAAUCCUGAUGAACUGGCGGCGCUAACUCCGGGCCACUUUCUGAUCG